AUGGACAGAACAGAUGAAGGUGACAGAAUGGGCAAUGGAUACUUCACGUUGUCCUCACAACUGAAAAAUAGAGUGGAUAACCUUAACAGAAACAAUACCCUUGCCCGUCUCAGAAAGCCAAAAAGACCUGCUGAUACUAAUGAUGUCCACCCAGCACAGCCAGAAAAAGUUGCAAAAACUGACAGCUAUGGAUGCAUAAACUGGCAGCCAUCUCAAUUACCAGAAGGAGAGACAAUAGACUCUCUACAUCAUAAAAAAGAAGAACUUAAAUUAAUUUUCUCUCAGGAAGGACCAAGUGUAUCAGACCAUGUAAGAGUGAAUGAUUUGAUGGUCUUAACUUACGCAAGUCAGCGCAGUGCAAUAAACUCCACACCUUCACUUAGUGUAGAUGAAUUGAAAAGAGAAUGGCCUUUCCUGUUUAUGAAGAAGUUUUUAAUGCAGCACUUCACUUCACUUACUGGGAUCGAACUUUACGAAAGGCUGAGAGAAUGCAUUGCUGGAAAAGGAAGGAGGGUGCUCCAGUUCUUCAAAACUCAGCUUCUUCGCUGGACAAAAGAAGUGAAGACUGUUCUUGCCGACAUUGAACGUCUCCAAGGCGAAAACAUGGACUCAACAAUUGCUGUAAUUUUGCUGAUGAUGACCUUCUUUACCUCUGAGCCAGAUGAGCAAGUCUCUGAAGAGGAAGAUUUUACAGAGGCUGACCCAAACUUCACUGAGGAUUCAGAGGAGGAUUCAGAGGAGAGAGAAGGCCCUGAAACUUACCUCUCCAAGAACGGGGAAAUACUGUGGACUUCAACUCCUCACACAAGGACACAAAGGAGAGCACGGGCAGAGGAGGUCAGAGGAAAUGCGCCUGGACCAACAAGGUAUGCCUGUGUAAGGGCUGAAGAUAUCAAAUCUACUUUUGAACUUUUUUUUCCAAGCUCCAUGCAACAAAAGCUUCUUGAGAUGACAAAUUUAGAGGGGCAACGAGUGUUUGGUGAAGACUGGUCUAAUAUUGAAUGUAAUGAAAUCCAAGCAUUUAUUGGACUUCUAAUUCUUGCUGGGGUUUUAAAAUCUCACCACGAAUCUGCAUCCAGUUUAUGGGACAGUGAGUUGGGGAGGGCAAUUUUCCGUACAACCAUGCCACUGAAAAAAUUCAAACAACUGACUAGGAUUUUACGUUUCGAUGAUAAGAGGUCAAGAGCUGAAAGGAGGGAACAGGACAAACUGGCACCAAUCAGAGAGAUGUGGGAAGACUGGGUCAAAAGACUACCUCUCAUGUACAGACCAGAUACCAACAUUACAGUUGAUGAGAGCUUGGUGGGAUUCAGGGGCCGGUGUCCUUUCAAACAGUACAUGCCAAAAAAACCUGCCAAAUAUGGCAUUAAAAUAUGGGCAGCCUGUGAUGCAAACUCGAGCUACUGUUUGAACAUGCAGGUGUACACAGGAAAACCUCCAGGGAUGCCACACAAAAGAAAGCUGGGAAGGAGAAUAGUCCUGGAAAUGAUGGAUGGCUUUCAAGGGCAUAUUGUCACUUGUGACAACUUUUUUACUUCAUAUGCUCUUGGCAUAGAGCUCCUAAACAAGAAAAUGAGAAUGAUAGGAACAAUCCGAAGGAACAAGCCAGAGCUGCCAAGUGCUCUGACCAUUCCAAGAGGCCGGGCUAAGUUCUCAUCUCUGUUCGCCUUCACAGAAACACACGCCAUCGUGUCGUACUGCCCCAGAAAAAAUAAAAACGUUCUUCUCAUGAGCACUGUGCACGAAGAUGCAGCAGUGAGCGAAAGAGAAGACAGGAAACCUGAAAUGAUCUUGUCAUACAACAGGACCAAAGGGGGAGUGGACAAUCUUGAUAAGAUUGUUGCAACAUAUACCUGCCGGAGGAAGACAGCUCGCUGGCCCAUGGCAGUCUUCUACAAUAUGCUAGAUGUAUCGGCAUACAAUGCCUUUGUCAUCUGGAGGGAAAUAAAUCCCAGUUGGAGACAGGGGGACAACUACAUGAGGAGGCACUUUUUGCAGGACCUAGGAAGAGCGCUCGUGUUCCCCUUCAUUCAAUCAAGGCGGCACAUUCCACGCACCCCAGCCUCUCUGCAACUUCUGAGGAAGGUGCAGGAAUGUGAUGAGGAAGCAGUUUCCUCCAUGUCUGGUCCCUCCCAAGCUGGUCCCUCCCCCGCCAAAAGAAGAAGAUGCAGAAAUUUGUAA